CGUCAUAAUCGAAUGACAGUAGACAGUUGUGUUGUUGUUUUAGCGAAGUGAAUUCCAUAUUUUUAAUAAUUAAGAUAGUUUUAAACUAAACAAGAAAAAUGGGUUGUGAUGGUGGCACUAUUCCACGUCGAGAUGAACUAGUUCGAGUUAAAAAGAAACCAGAAGCUAAAGACAAAGACUCCGAACUGAUCUUUCAAUGGCGAUACUGUGCAAUCACUCAACAGAUUCUUCAAUCUCCAAUCGUCAUGUGUGGCUUAGGCAAGCUCUACAACAAAAUAUCCCUAAUUGAGAGUCUCUUGAACCAGGAACGAAUGCCAGAAAGUGCGCGCCACAUCAAAGGAUUGAAGGAUAUCAAAGACCUGAAUCUGACCCCAAACCCAGCAUACAAAGACGACGACAAAACUCACGGGGAAAGCGAUAGCCGCACUGCCCCCUACAUUUGUCCCGUGAUCGGCCUUGAAAUGUCGGGCAAAUUCAGAUUUGUGGCUUUGUGGACCUGCGGAUGCGUGUUUUCAGAAAGAGCGCUGAAGGAAAUUGACACAAAAACAUGCCACAAGUGUCAGAAACCAUUUACAAACGACGAUGUUGUCAUUCUGAACGGGAAUGAGGAAGAUUUGGUUAUUAUGAAACAGAGAAUGGAACUGCGCCAGCAGAAACACAAGAAGAAGCGAGAAAAGAACAGAGUUGUUGUGGAUGUGUCUGCCACAAUUACAGCACCUAAGGAUGAAGUUGACAAAAAUACUCCUAGCACAAGUGCAGCCACAGUUAAGAACGGCGCAAGUAAAGUUGCACUGAUUAGCGGCACUAAGCGUCCAGGAUCUUUAAAAGAGGCCACCCACGACGCCAAGAAAAUGAAGUCAACAUACAGCGUUGCCAAAGAUCCCAAGGUAACAGAUGUAUAUAAAUCUAUAUUCACGACGCACGAGUCCGAAAAACAACAAAACAGAGCCCAUUGGGUCACGUACAAUCCUUUUUAUAACUGAUCUAAGUGUACAUAGUCACAUGUAUUUCAAAAUAUUAUUAUAAAUAAAAUCACAUGAAUUCUUCAGUUGA